AUGACAGGAAAUAUUGAUCUCUUGGAGGAAUAUAGUGAAAGAAGCUUACCAGCUUCUAUCAAAAUAGCAGAUGGCUCUCUCACUACAAUCAAAGGGAGUGGUUCUGAACAUAAAUUAAGGGGGAGUUACAAGGAAUUUCAGCCUGUUCAAACCGAUAUUUCUUUACAGCCUAUCCUUUAUUUACCUAUUACUGUCUCUCCAAAGCCGGCUAGUACUAUCCCAGUUCCUAGUGAGGGUGAUGGGAAUAACCUAAAUAACUCUGAUGAAUUACCUUCCUCCUUAUCUCAGCACUCUACUGAAACAGAAGGUAAUGAUGGUUACCAAGAGGCUACUAUUGUUGAUCCUGAUGACUUUCCUAUUUCUAUUAGGAAGGGGAUAAGAAAAUGCACUGAUCAUCCCAUAAAUAAGUAUGUUGCAUAUAGGAAAUUACAGUCUAAUUUCAGGGCCUUCACUGCCAGCAUUAACAGUGUGAAAAUCCCAAGAAAUGUGAUAGAAGCAUUUCAAUCUCUUGAGUGGAAAAAGGUUGUGGAAGGGGAGAUAAAAACGUUAGAAAAGAAUAAGACAUGGAGUUUGACAGAUUUGCCUGAAUGA